AUUGAAGAAAUAAAAUGAUUUAGUACUAAUAAUUAUAGAUAACUGAAAUCUUAAAAGAAAAGAGUAUAGGUAUAAAAAAACAGAAUGGACCGGAGAAAACAUCAAUUACUAAAUGGGGUGCUAAUCCUUAUGUUCUUUAGCAUUGUUAUUUACAAUAUCAUUAUAGCCUAUUGUCCGGUUAAGAAUAGACAUUAUUCAAGACAGUCAUUCAGAUAUGAAAAGAAAWUGAAAAUGAAACCAAAUGAUGAUGAACAGAUUGUGGAAACUCUAARAUCACCAAUCCUAAGCAAAAAUCCCGAUCGUUCAAUAAAACAAAACACUUUUAAGAAUUUACCGUGGUAUUUCGAAGAUGGAAUACAAGAGCCUAAUCAAGCGAAGGUAGACCCUACGACUGGAGUUAGAAGUUCACGAUUGUGGCCUGAAGAAAAAAAAGGUGGUGACCGUAUAGAAGAACAACUAAUGUUCAUACCACCCAAUUAUAAAUAUGAAAAUGCACCAAUGAAAAAUAUUUUACUAUAUAACGGUUUAACUAAUUGGAUGGUAGCUGAUAUAGGUCAAAGUGAAUUUCUUUCAAACGAUUGUCCAGUGAAUAGAUGUACAAUUUCAAUUAAGAAAAAUUUAAUUUCUUUAAUGGAUGCAAUUGUAUUUCGAGACAAAUUUGAGAAUCCUUUUUUCGAAACAGGUGUUAAAAAGAGUAAUAAACAAAUAUGGAUAUUAUUUUUCCUUCAGUCAGCAUAUUACUGGGGAUUUGAAGGAAUAAAUGAUAUGAUUAACUGGACAGCUACAUAUCGACAUGACAGUGAYAUUGUYGUACCAUAUGGACGAUGGGCAUAUUUCGAUMCUUCAGUGACUCGAGUUGAACGGUUAAAUAGGAAUUAUUCUCUAAAUAAAACGAAACGGGUUGCGAUGGUAGUUUCUAAUUGUAAUACUGACAACAAAAGAUUAUUGUAUGCUAAAGAAUUGGGGAAGUAUAUGUCUGUUGACAUUUAUGGUCAAUGUGAAGGAUUAAAAACAAACAUACCUGAUAACUUUUUACAAAUAUUAGACCGGGAUUAUAAAUUCUAUUUAGCUUUUGAGAGUUCAAACUGUAUCGAUUAUGUGACAGAAAAGUUUUUCAUCGAUGGACUUCAGUACAACGUUCUGCCAAUCGUGAUGGGUGGGCGCCGGGAAGACUACGAGCGGAUAGCACCUAGGCGGUCGUAUUUGCACGUGGACGACUACGAGUCGCCAGAACAGCUGGCCGAGUAUCUGUGGCUGUUGGACGCCGACGACGACCUAUACAACGAGUACUUCCGGUGGAAAGGCACCGGCGAGUUUAUCGAUACGAAGUUCUUUUGCCGACUGUGCGCGAUGCUGCACGACGACGGCACGCCGACCAAACACUACAGGAACAUCAACGACUGGUGGCGACCAUCGAACGUGUGCGAUCAUUCGACGAAAUGGCUUAAGCCUUAAACCACUGCCAGUCGAAUAACGAGUGUUCGGGUGCCCAAAAAGAUUAACAGCCGCGUUUUUACAACCAGAAGGGUUUCUGAGGUUAUCUACUCGUCUGUACCACAACCAUUAUCACCGAGAGYGAUUUAUGCACAAGAUUUAGUCAUGGCCAUAGGCGCUACUAGGGACAAUAUUUAUUUAUUUAUUGGUAGAGGGUUGUAAACUUGUAAAUCUCAUAUUUUAUCCUUAUAUUAUAAUAUCUGGGUGGRCAUUUUUUCAACAAAUUUUUACU